GCGGGUGGAAGGUGAAUGAAUGAACGAAAGACUCUCGUUUCCCUCGGUGGGUCCGGGGGCUGCGGGAGGAGCCACCCUCCGAGGGCUGGAGAAGAAAGCCCCCUCCCUCCACUCCGCCCCCGCGCACCAGCUGGGGGCGGGUGAGUCCGAGCGGUAGCCUGCGGGCCGGGGGUCCGGCGGGCUCGGCCCCGGGGGCGUGUCCUCCCGACCCGGCGCUGCGGCCGGGAGAGGCGGGCUGCGGUGCGCCCGGGCCGCGGCGGCGAGGGAGCAUGGAGCGCGAGCUGGAGGCGCUGGAGGCGCGGCCCGCGAGCCCGGCCGAGCCGCCCUUCCAGGCGCUGGUGGAGGCGGCUGGGGGCCGCGGGCAGGUGCUGCUGGUGGGCGAGCUGUGGGAGCGCGAGCAGAGCCGCGCGCUGCUGCGGGACUUCGCCCGGGCCGUGUUCCCACCCGAGCCGGCCGCGCGCAAACCAGGCUGCGCGGCGCCGGAGGGUGCGGGGCCCGGGGCGGCGUGCGGGGCGCAGAGGGCGCUGGGGACGGCGGCGGCGCGCGCCAUCCGCUCCCCGCUGGUCUUCGUGCUUUGCCGCGCGUCAUCUCUGGCUGCCCGGGAACCGCGGCGCCGCCUGCGGGAGAUGCUGCGGGACGUGCGCGGCCGGCGGCGGGCCGGCGCGGCGCUGGUCGGGGUGCUGGUGGCCGAGGCGGGGCCGGAGGACGCGGUGGCGCCGGGGCUUCGGCUGCUGGAGGCGCUGCUGCGCACAGUGUUCGGCCGCCAGGCGGGUGGCCCGGUGCAGGCAGCCGCCUACUGCCCCAGCCACCCGGCCUCCAGCCUGGCUGUCCAGGCGGCCGCCUGCAGAGCCCUGCAAGCCGCGGGACCGGGGCGACCAGCAGAAGGAACUUGGGAGAGACCCGGCCUCCCAGGACUGCUGGCUUGUUUUUCUUGGGGUUCUUGGAGCCAGAGGAAGGACCAGGAUGCCACCUCCUCCCGAGGCCCUCCUCAGGAGAACUUCCAGAACUCCGAGGAGGAACUGGCACUGACAGCCAUAUUUCCCAACGGAGACUGUGAAGAGCGUGGGAGAGGGUCCAAAGCCUGUGGAGUUGUUCACACGCCCCCUGAGCCCACUGGAGAAGCCAGAUGAAAGCUGGACCCUUGGACUGCCCCUGGUUCUGACCUACACCCUGAGGCCUGGCCCUUCUCACAGAGUCCCCAGGUCGACCUUGCCUCGUGGUGACUGUGAAGACCCUGCUAUUAGGGGGCUGUCACAUUCACUGUUGCCAGCGAGGUAGCAGGACUCGCUAAGACAAGCAGGGCCUGGGAAACCUGUCCCUUGGGACUGACUCCCCACUGAUCAUUGGCUCACUCUGUGAUCACAGGAAGGUUAUUUUAGCUCACUGUGCCUCAGUUACUCCAAGCUGUGGAGACAGGUGGCUCCCUAAGGCUCUACAGAACUGUGGCACCCCAGGGUGUGUGCAGUACACUGGGCACAAGCAUGAGAGUGCAACUGGAAGGAACUCUGGACCAGAUGUCAUCAGAUGCAGGCCGUGACUUGGGUGUGUCACUUUGUCUCUGGGACUUCUGUUUUUCAAAUGUAUGAGGGGCUGCCAGCCCAUUGGCUUUCAACCUGCCCCUCCGGGCAGCCCCUCCAGGCAGCAUUGGAAACGUGUGUGUUGGGGUGGGUCACUGACUGUGGGGCACCCGAGGCACUUAGUGGGAAUCCUGCAAUGUGCAGGAGAGUCUCCACAGCAAAGAAUUGGUUCACUCAAUACUGUGACUCCUUUGAGAAACUGCAGGAACCAGUCCCUUUUCCCUGUCAAAUUCUAGGAAGAGUCCCCCAGGGAGGGUCAGGCUUCUUGGGACUUUGGCUCUUAGAACAAGCCGAAAUAAAGACCACAUUGUUGCCCUGGGGGCCUGUCAGGCCAGAGCCAAGAUGGUCCCUGUGUUGCAGGGCCAGGACAGAAAUAGCCCGGCAUGCCUCUGAGAAGAAAGGACUGCUCUCUUUCUCAUGUUGAUAUUGACUUUCUGUGCCAAGUCCUGUAGGGUAAGAAUGCUGGCAGCUGCCCACAGCACCACCCGGAGGAAGGCCGGGGCCAGGGGAUGCUCCCGUCUGCUCUAGGUCUCAGUUCCUAUCCCAAGGUCAAAGCAGACUCAGCCCUGAGAUUCUUGAAGCUUUCCUCCAAGUCUGUGAGUCAGCAGGGAGAUGUUCCCUGCAGAGCCGGCAAGGCCACGCGUUCACUCAGGCAGCUCGGCAUCCCUCCCUUGUCUUCUUUGAGCCCUAGAGAAAUCCAGUCUUCAGAACCGACCAGGAGGGCAGCUCCUGAUUUCCCCGGUGGGAAGCCCCGAGGGAAGUGGCCACGCCCACUGGUUCCUGC